AUGGAGUUACACAAUUCAGUGCAGAGUUUUGUUGCACUUUGCCUCCGUGACAUUGCCGGGCGCUCCUGGAUGAAGCCAGUGUUACCGCGCCACACAACGCCACAAAGUGUUAUCGCGCCACACAGCGCCACACAGUGUUACCGCGCCACACAACGCCACAAAGUGUUAACGCGCCACACAGCGCCACACAGUGUUACCGCGCCACACAACGCCACAAAGUGUUAUCGCACCACACAGCGCCACACAGUGUUACCGCGCCGCACAACACACAGUGUUACCGCGCCACACAACGACACAAAGUGUUACCGCGCCACACAGCGCCACACAGUGUUUCUGCGCCACACAACCAACACCACACAGUAUUACCGCGUCACACAACCCGACAAAGUGUUACUGCGCCACACAGCGCCACACAGUAUUACCACGCCACACAACACCACACAGUGUUACGGCGCCACACAACGCCACACAGUGUUAUCGCGCCACACAGCGCCACACAGCAGAACACCGUUACUGUGCCACACAACGCCACACAGUGUUACCGUGCCUGUUACCACACCAAACAGCACCACACCUUAUUACCGCGCCACACAGUGUUACUGUCCCACACAGCGCCACACAGUUUUACAGCGCUACACAGCGCCACCGUUUUACAGCGCCACACAGUGUUACUGCCCCACACAGCUCCACACAGUGUCACCGCGCCACACAGCAUUAGCGCCCCACACAGCGCCACACAGUGUUACCGCCCCACACAGCGCCACACAGUGUUACCACCCGACACAGCGCCACACAGUGUUAAAGCCCCACACCGCGCCACACAGCGCCACAGUGUUACCGCCACACAGAGCCACAGUGUAUUACCGCCACACAGAGCCACAGUGUUACCGCGCCACACAGUGUUGCCUCACCACACAGUGUUACGCCCCACACAGCGCCACACAGUGUUAUCGCCACACACAGAGCCACACACGCCACACAGCGUCAUUGCCCCAAACAGCGCCACACAGUGCUGCUGCCACACACAGCGCCACACAGUGUUACUGUGCCACACAGCGCCACACAUUGUUACCGGGCCACACAGUGUUACUGCCCCACACAGUGCCACACAGUGUUAUCGUCCCACACAGCGCCACACAGUGUUAUCGCCCCACACAGCGCCACACAGUUUUACCGCCCACACACCGCCACAUAGUGUUACCGCGCCACACAGCGCCACACCGUGUUACUGUGCCACACAGUGUUAGCCCGCCGAGCGCCACACAGUGUUACCGCGCCACACAGAGCCACACAGUGUUACCGUGCCAAACUGCGCCACACAGUGUUACCGCGCUAUACAGCGCCAGACAGUGUUACUACGCAACACAGCACCACACAGUGUUACCCCCACACAGAGGCACACAGUGUUACCGCGCCACAAAGCGCCAUACAGUUACCACCCAACACAGCGUCACACAGUGUUACCGCGCCACACGGCGCCACACAGUGUUACUACACAACAAAGCGCCACACAGUGUUACUACGCCACACAGCGCCACACAGUGUUACUACGCCACAAAGCGCCACACAGUGUUACUACGCCACACAGCGCCACACAGUGUUACUAAGCCACACAGCGCCACACAGUGUUACUACGCCACACAACGCCACACAGUGUUACUACGCCACACAGCACCACACAGUGUUACUACGCCACAAAGCGCCACACAGUGUUACUACGCCACACAGCGCCACACAGUGUUACUAAGCCACACAGCGCCACACAGUGUUACUACGCCACACAGUGUUACUACGCCACACAGUGUUACUACACCACACAGCGCCACACAGUGUUACUACGCCACACAGCGCCACACAGUGUUACUACGCUACACAGCGCCACACAAUGUUACUACGCCACACAGCGCCACACAGUGUUACUACGCCACACAGCGCCACACAGUGUUACUACGCCACACAGCGCCACACAGUGUUACUACGCCACACAACUCCACACAGUGUUACUACGCCACACAACGCCACACAGUGUUACUACGCCACACAGCGCCACACAGUGUUACUACGCUACACAGCGCCACACAAUGUUACUACGCCACACAGCGCCCCACAGUGUUACUACGCCACACAGUGUUACUACGCCACACAGCGCCACACAGCGCCACACAGUGUUACUACACCACACAACGCCACACAGUGUUACUACGCCACACAGCGCCACACAGUGUUACUACACCACACAACGCCACACAGUGUUACUACGCCACACAGCGCCACACAGUGUUACUACGCUACACAGCGCCACACAGUGUUACUACGCCACACAGCGCCACACAGUGUUACUACGCCGCACAGCGCCACACAGUGUGA